GCCCGCUCGGCUCCGCGCUCGGCCCGCGCUCGGCCAUGCAGCGCCGGGGCGCCCUGUUCGGCGUGCUGGGCGGCGGCAGGAAGAUGGCUGCGGGCGACGUCGGCGAGCUGCUGGUGCCCCACAUGCCCACGAUCCGCGUGCCCCGCUCCGGGGACAGGGUCUACAAGAGCGAGUGCGCCUUCUCCUACGACUCCCCGAACUCUGAAGGUGGACUCUAUGUAUGCAUGAAUACGUUUUUGGCCUUUGGAAGGGAACAUGUUGAAAGACAUUUUCGAAAAACUGGACAGAGCGUGUACAUGCACCUGAAGAGACAUGUGCGAGAGAAGGUAAGAGGGGCAUCUGGUGGAGCUUUACCAAAAAGGAGGAAUUCCAAGAUUUUUUUAGAUCUAGAUACUGAUGACGAUUUAAAUAACGACGAUUUUGAAUAUGAAGAUGAAGCCAAACUUGUUAUAUUCCCAGACCACUAUGAAAUAGCACUACCAAAUAUUGAGGAGUUACCGGCCCUGGUAACCAUUGCUUGUGAUGCAGUUCUCAGCUCAAAAUCUCCAUAUAGGAAGCAGGACCCAGACACAUGGGAAAACGAAUUGCCAGUCUCGAAAUAUGCCAAUAACCUUACCCAGCUGGACAAUGGGGUGAGGAUUCCUCCAAGUGGUUGGAAGUGUGCCAGGUGUGACCUGCGGGAGAACCUCUGGUUGAAUCUGACUGAUGGCUCCAUCCUGUGUGGGAAGUGGUUCUUUGACAGUUCUGGGGGCAAUGGGCAUGCCCUGGAACAUUACAGAGACAUGGGCUACCCUUUGGCUGUGAAGUUGGGAACCAUCACUCCUGAUGGGGCAGAUGUUUAUUCUUUCCAAGAAGAGGAACCUGUCUUGGACCCUCACUUGGCCAAGCACUUGGCACAUUUUGGAAUUGAUAUGCUUCACAUGCAUGGGACAGAGAAUGGGCUCCGGGACAAUGACAUCAAACCGAGGGUCAGUGAGUGGGAAGUGAUCCAGGAGUCGGGGACAAAGCUGAAGCCGAUGUAUGGCCCCGGGUACACGGGCCUGAAGAACCUGGGCAACAGCUGCUACCUCAGCUCAGUCAUGCAGGCCAUCUUCAGCAUCCCAGAGUUCCAGAGAGCGUAUGUUGGAAAUCUUCCAAGAAUAUUUGACUAUUCACCUUUAGAUCCAACACAAGAUUUCAACACACAGAUGACUAAGUUAGGACAUGGCCUUCUCUCAGGCCAAUAUUCAAAGCCUCCGGUGAAAUCUGAGAUCAUUGAGCAGGUGAUGAAGGAGGAGCACAAGUUUCUUAGCAAGAUAGUGAACGGCCUGGGAAGCAGCGAGCCUGAGGAUCUUUCCAGCUACGAGUUCUCCGGUGUGAAGGAGGGUGAUGAACUGAUUGCCUAUGAACUGACAAGAAGGGAAGCAGAGGCAAACAGAAGACCCCUGCCCGAACUGGUGCGCGCCAAGAUCCCAUUCAGCGCCUGCCUUCAGGCCUUUUCGGAACCAGAAAAUGUCGAUGAUUUCUGGAGCAGUGCCCUGCAAGCCAAGUCUGCGGGUGUAAAAACAUCUCGCUUUGCUUCAUUCCCUGAAUACUUGGUAGUGCAGAUAAAGAAGUUCACCUUUGGUCUUGACUGGGUUCCCAAAAAAUUUGAUGUAUCUAUCGAUAUGCCAGAUCUCCUUGAUAUCAACCAUCUCCGAGCCAGAGGGCUGCAGCCAGGCGAGGAGGAGCUUCCAGACAUCAGUCCCCCCAUAGUCAUUCCUGAUGACUCCAAAGCUCGUCUGAUGAACCAGUUGAUAGACCCCUCAGACAUCGAUGAGUCAUCGGUGAUGCAGCUGGCCGAGAUGGGCUUCCCUCUGGAAGCGUGUCGGAAGGCUGUGUACUUCACUGGGAAUAUGGGAGCCGAGGUGGCUUUCAACUGGAUCAUUGUCCACAUGGAAGAGCCUGAUUUCGCGGAACCACUGACCAUGCCUGGUUAUGGAGGAGCAGCGUCAGCUGGAGCCUCUGUAUUUGGUGCUACAGGGUUGGAUAACCAGCCUCCGGAGGAGAUCGUAGCUAUCAUUACCUCCAUGGGAUUCCAGAGAAAUCAGGCUGUGCAGGCACUACGAGCAACGAACCAUAACUUGGAAAGAGCACUGGAUUGGAUCUUUAGCCACCCUGAAUUUGAAGAGGACAGCAACUUUGUGAUUGAGAUGGAGAAUAAUGCCAAUGCCAACAUUGUUUCUGAGGCCAAGCCCGAAGGACCUAGAGUCAAGGAUGGAUCUGGAAUGUAUGAAUUAUUUGCAUUUAUCAGUCACAUGGGAACAUCUACAAUGAGUGGCCAUUAUGUUUGCCAUAUCAAAAAGGAAGGAAGAUGGGUGAUCUACAAUGACCACAAAGUCUGUGCCUCUGAACGGCCUCCCAAAGACCUGGGCUACAUGUACUUUUACCGCAGGAUACCAAGCUAAACCUCAGACAUACAAGUUGGCAAGAAGAAGCCAUAUGCCUUUUUAAUUUG